AUGUCCUGCCAUCUGCACCAGCACCUCCCUCUGCUCUACCAGGACCCCGUGGCGCUGUCCCCCGGCAUCCCCUUCCCGGCUCAGCGGUGGCACUCCACCACCUGCAUCCCCCAGGCCGUGCCCGGCCAGGUCCCCCUGCAGCGGGCGGUGUCCUCCAGUGUGUGCCAGCAGCAGAGCAUCACCCAGGCCGUGCCACCCUGCCAGCUCCACAGACCCCUCUGUGUGCCCCAGCACCUCCUGCAGCAGCAGCAGCUUGUCCCCAGGCGGGUGACAACGUGCGUGCCACCGCAGCAGCGUGUCACCCCGUGCGCGGCACCGCAGCAGCGCGUGACCGGCGGCGCGGGUGUCACCCGGUGCGUGCCACACCAGGUGGGGGUGACCCAGUGCGUGCCACAGCAGCUGCGGGUGCCACAGCAGUGCCCGCCCGUCCCCCAGCAGCAGAAGAUUGUCCCCAGGUGUGUCACCACCUGCGUGCCACAGCAGCGCGUGACGGGCGGCGCGGGCGUCACCGGCAUCACCCGGUGCGUGCUGCAGCAGCUGCAGGUGCCACCGCCUGAGUGCAUCCCCCAGCAGCAGAAGAUUGUCCCCAGGUGUGUCACCACCUGCGUGCCGCGGCCGCCGUUCGUCACCAAGGGUGUCCCGCAGCAGCAGAGUGCCACCAGGUGCGUCCCCCAGCAGUGUGUGACCAGCGUCUGUCCCCAGCAGGGUGUCCCCAGGUGUGUCACCACCUGUGUCCCCCAGCAGCGCGCGGCCCGGGGCGUAUCGUACCAGUGGGCGACAGCGCCUGUCCCCCAGCAGCGGCAGAGUGUCACCGCCGGUGUCCCCCAGCAGUGGCACAGCAGGUGUGUCACCAAGUGUGUCCCGCAGCAGUGUGACACUGGCGGGGCCAGCAUUUGUGUCCCUCAGCAGCAGCAGAGUGGGACGGUUUGUGUCCCCCCGCAAAGUGCCACCAAGGGUGUCCCCCAGCAAAGUGCCACCAAAUGUGUCCCCCAGCAGUGUGUGACCAAGAGUGUCACUCAACAGAGUGCCACCAAAUGUGUCCCCCAGCAGUAUGGGACAAUUUGUGUCCCCCAGCAAAGUGCCACCAAGUGUGUCCCCCAGCAGUAUGGGACAAUCUGUGUCCCCCAGCAGUGUGUGACCAAGAGUGUCACUCAACAGAGUGCCACCAAGAAUGUCCCCCAGCAGAGCGUGACCAAAUGUGUCCCCCAGCAAGGUAUGACCAAGUGCGUCCCCCAGCAAAGUGCCACCAAAGGUGUCACCCAGAAGUAUGGGACAGUUUGUGUCCCCCAGCAAAGUGCCACCAAAUGUGUCCCCCAGCAAUAUGGGACAAUCUGUGCCCCCCAGCAGUGUGUGACCAAAUGUGUUCCCCAGCAAAGUGCCACCAAGUGUGUCCCCCAGCAAAGUGUCAAGUGUGUCCCUCAGCAGUGUGGCACAAUUUGCGUCCCUCAGCAGAGCGUAACCAAGUGUGUCCCCCAGCAAAGUGCCACCAAAUGUGUCCCCCAGCAAUAUGGGACAAUCUGUGCCCCCCAGCAGUGUGUCACCAAAUGUGUCCCUCAGCAAAGUGCCACCAAAUGUGUCCCCCAGCAGUGUGCGACCAAGAGUGUCACUCAACAAAGUCAGUGUGUGACCAAAUGUGUCCCUCAGCAAAGUGCCACCAAGUGUGUCCCCCAGCAGUCCAGUGGAGUGAAGAUCUCCAGCCACUCCAAGAAAUACUGCUCGGCCCCCAAGUGGCCCUGGUGACCACCAGGGCGUGUGACGAGGACAAUCCCUGGGAAUUCGGCGUUUGGGUUCUUUAUCUCCUCCUGCUCCCAUCCGUGUUAUCCCAGUUUUCCGGCGUUUCCCUCCCGUUCUGUGGGGACAUUCCAGAUGCCUCUAGCUCCUUCCUCGAUGGUGGGAUGGGACCGAAUUCCCACAGAAUUCCAAGAAAUGGUGAUUUU